AUGCUCAUCAAGGCGACGCCCCGCUCCGCUGCUUCUGCUCCUGGUCACGGGCCGGCGACGGUGGCCUCCACCCUCGGCGCUUCGCCCGCGGAAGCUCAGGCAGCGUUCGCGCCCGGCCUCCUGUCGAGUGCCAAGGAGGUGCGCGAGCGCUACGAGACGAGCCAGCCGUACAGGCACGCCGUCGUGCAGGGACUGCUCGACGCGGAGCUGCUCAAGAAGGCGCGCGAGGAGAUCAUCGAGGAGCUGCGCUUCACCGAGAAGGAGACGGACAUCUACAAGGUCAACCAAACGGGCGACUUGGCCAACCUCGACGGCCUGCCCGACUCGGAGGUCUCGCGCCUCGGCUCUCUGCUGCGCCUGCGCAACGCCAUCUACUCGGAGCCGUUCCGCGCGUGGCUCCAGGAGGUGACGCAGUGCGGCCCGCUGAGCGCCAAGAACAAGGACAUGAGCAUCAACGACUACCGCAGCGGCUGCCACCUGCUCAAUCACGACGACGUGAUUGCCACGCGCCGCCUCUCCUACAUCCUCUACCUGCCCGACCCUGCGCAGGACUGGAAGCCCGAAUGGGGCGGCGCCCUCGAGCUGUACCCAACCGUCUCGCGCGGCGUGCCGGCCGACGUGCCGAAUGUGGUCAUUCCGCCUAAGUGGAACCAGUACACCUUCUUCACGGUGCAGCCCGGCCACUCGUUCCACUCCGUCGAGGAGGUGGCGCACCCGACGCACUCGCGCCUCAGCAUCUCGGGCUGGUUCCACCGGCCCCAGCCCGACGAGCCGGGCUUCAGCGAGGAAGAUGAGCGCCGCGAGGAGGAGGAACGCAAGGCGCAUGCCAGCGCAGAGGGUCUGUCGUCUGAGCAAGCGACGCUGCCGUUCACGCCGUACGCCGACUCGCUUGAGGUGCCGCUGCCCGGCACGCCCCUCUCCGCGGCCUCGCGGUCCUUCCUGGCGCACUUCCUCAACCCAGCAUACCUGCAGCCCAAGACGCAGGCGCAGCUCUUCGAGCAGUUCGGCGACGACUCGCACCUCCUGCUCGCGGACUUCCUGCGGCCCGAGCUCGCCAAGCCGCUCGAGGCCGCGCUGCUUGACAAGGACGGCGAGGCGCGAGUGCGUUGGUGGGACCUGCCCGGCGGCCGGGAAAGCGCCGCUGUGCCGCCGCACUCGACCGGCGUGGACAGCGACUGGAAGAUCGUCGGCCCCCCGCACCGGCAGCGCUACCUGUCACUGCUCUCGCCCGACUCCGUCGAGCCCGCCACGGCAAAUCCGGAGCUUCCGUCGCCAUUCCCGCGCGACGCCACCGCACUGCUCUCGCUGCUGCGCACGCACCUCUUCCCGAGCCCCGCCUGGCGGCAUCUCCUGGCGAACCUGACGCAGCUGGUGCCGCUCGCUGCACGGCCGAUCGAGGCCCGGCGCUUCCGGCCAGGGCUCGACUACACGCUCGCGCGCGCCGACAGUGCCGCCGUGCUGGAUGUCUGCCUCGGCCUGACGCCGCGGGUCGCGCGUCACGCCCUGGCCAAGGCAGGCGGCCCACCGGCACCCAAGGGCCUCGCCGCGCGCAAGGCAGCGGCCAAGCGCGCCAAGACCAGCACGAAGGAGGCCGGCAUGACGCCCGAGCAGGCCAAGGACCUCGAGGCGGCCUGGGAGGCCGGAGACGUCGGCGGGUGGAUGGCCUACAUGCCGCCGGCGGACGACGACGAGGAAGACGACCCGGCCGUCUACGCGUCGAAGAAGCGCAGGGAGAGGGAAGAGAAAGGCGAGCCGGCAGACGCGGCCAUGCACGAGGAGGAAGAGGUGGUCGAGAUGGAGGAGGACGACGGGGAGGAUGACGAGGACGACGGCCCGCUGCUCAGCCUCAACCCCAGCUGGAACACGCUGAGCCUGGCGCUGCGCGACGAGAAGGUCGCGCGCUUCGUCAAGUACCUCUCGGCCUCGGCCGGCGGCUCGCGCUGGGACAUCAUGGGCGAGUGGGAGAUCGGGGCAGUGGAGCUCGAGGAGAUGGACGAGGGCGACGACUGA